UCUGAAGACCACCUCCACCUCCUCCAGAGUGUCCAGUCCCUCAACAUCCACCAUCCACCACCCACCAAGGACUGGUCUCAGGUCAGUGUUCCUCCAGCAUCACAUGAGGGGACUGUGAGGAGAGCUGUGUCUCAGCUGGAGGAGACGCUCAGUAACAUGAUGAAGACGCUGGUUGAAGUUGAGAUGAAGAGGGUCCAGAAGUUUGCAGUGGACGUGACUCUUGAUCCUGAAACAGCUCAUCAUGACCUCAUCCUGUCUGAUGAUGGGAAACAAGUGAAACAUGCUCAGGUACAGCAGCCACGUCUCCUCAACAAUCCACAGAGGUUCUCUUCUCGUCUCUGUGUCUUAGGAACACAGAAGUUCUCUUCAGAAAAACUUUAUUACGAGGUUCAAGUUAAACAAAAGUCUAAAUGGGCUUUAGGAGUGGUCAGAGAGUCGGUCAACAGGAAGGGACUCAUCACACCGAGUCCUCAGAACGGUUACUGGACUAUAUGUUUGAUAAAUGGAAAUGAGUAUAUAGCUCUUGAUGAUCCUCCAGUUCUUCUCUCCCUGAAGUCUGGGCCUCAGAAGGUGGGGGUGUUUGUGGACUAUGAGGAGGGUCUGGUCUCCUUCUAUGACGUAGAAGCUGCAGCUCUCAUCUACUCCUUUACUGGCUGCUCCUUCAAGGAGAAACUCCUCCCAUUCUUCUAUCCUGGUCGUUAUCAUGAUGGUAUAAACUCUGCUCCUCUGAUCAUCUCUCCUGUUGGAGUAAACUAAUCACUCUUUGUUUAUUGUAAUGAUUUUCUUCAUUGAAGAGAAUAAAUGUACAUAUCUUGUCUUAAUAUCAUGCAGUUGAACUUGACAUCUUACUGUUUACUGUGGUGAUUGAUUUACACGUCAUUAUUAAAUGUAUCCCGUUACAUAUAAACACAUUAAACUCUGCAUGAUGACACAUUUAAUGUAGAAUUUCAAUUCAAAUCUUUGUUAAAUCUAAGACAUUUAUUUCUACGUCCAGAAGAAAGAUCCGGAAAAGUAAAGCCUGGUUGACAGAAGUUGUUUCAUGACAAAUAUAUUGUAUUCUGUGACUUUCAUAAUAAAAGAUGUU